ACCGAUGACCUGACCGUCAACGCUAUAGUGAAAAGUGCUUCGAUGGCAUGUAUUCAGUCGCCCGUGUAAAGCGAUACGUUGAAGCUGUGUUGUGGUUUGGGUCGUUCAGUGUCUAGAAAAAAAACUACACAGAAUGGGGUUGAGGUGGGCGAUCACGGCAAAAGUGAUCCUUACUGUUGUUACCCUCCAGUUGGUGAACGCGGCCAAUGGGUACAAACUGAAUGUGGAUACUUCGCCGGAGAAGGAAAUGAAAAAUAUGACGUGCGAGUCAUACUGUGGCCAUUGUGGCUGUGCCGGGACCUUUUUCGCACAGGAAAAUAAGUGCGUUUGCGCUUGCGACAAUCAUGAUCCCGACUUCCUAGGGAAGCUCAGGGAAACGAAUAAUCAAGUGGGAUUAAGCUAUGCCGUCGAAAUACAAGGAUCCGAUGGGCGUCCUCCAAAUGGAAAACAUAUUCGGGUGCCUCGGCAGGCUUCCACAAGAAUACCUUGGCGUCAUCGGAGUACGCCUAGACGCCUACGAUCGCGAAGCACAACCCGGCGUCGUCUUCGUCGUACCAGAUCUACUACCACUGCAGCCACAACUGCGGAACCCACGACAACAACAACCACUCCACGCCCUUUGAAACUACUAUUUGUGUACUAAAUCUAGGCUGUUAGAAAUGUUUUUGUUAUGAUUUGUUUCAAUAAAGAUAUGCUUGUCUUUCACGCGUUCUAUUAAUACAUGUUAUAUAUUUUAUGAAUUCAAUAAAAUUAUCAUU